GUGCUGCCCCGAUGGGGCGGCACCCCAUCAACAUGAGCUGCCAAUGUUAUCUGGCAGAAUGAGUGAGCAUCGACAGUGACGAUGAAGACCACGACGAGCAACGCGAUGGCAUAAGCCGCCGUGUUGACGCAAGGACCCUUCCUUGCUGUCGCGAGCGCGAGAAAAAAUUCCGCCAUCAUCUCAAGCUCCUCAAGAUGAGACCUAUCCUCCUUUCAGGCCACGAGCGGUCUCUGAACCAGAUCAAGUUCAACCGCGAAGGUGACCUUCUCUUCUCCUGCUCGAAGGACAACGUCGUCAACGUCUGGUUUGCCCACAAUGGCGAGAGACUCGGCACAUACGAUGGUAACAACGGCACCGUCUGGAGUCUCGACCCUGAUUACUCGUCGACUUUGCUCGUUACUGGAUCUGCGGCCAACGAGAUGAUGCUCUACGAGGUCUCGACAGGCACUCGACUUUUCAAGUGGGACUUUCCCACUGCUGUCAAGCGUGUCCAAUUCAACUCGGAUGGCACUCAGAUUCUUUGCAUUACCGAAGAGCGCAUGGGACAUCGAGGAUCUCUUCAGGUGUUUCGCAUCAACCGAGACCUGGCUUCUUGGACGCAGCAGUCCAAGACGCCAACGCGAACAAUCACCUUUAGCGGACCGCGUGCCACGGUUGCGGCAUGGGCUCCGUUCGACCAGUACAUCAUCACCGGACACGACGACGGAAAAGUGGCUAUGUACUACCACGAUGCUGAAGAGCCAGAAAGCGGCAUCGACGCCGAGCUUGAGGAGAAGCAGACAAAAGCGCAUCCCGGAAACGUCGUGACCGAUCUUCAGAUGAGCGCAGAUCGCACCUACUUCAUCACCAGCUCCAAGGACAAGUCUUCAAAGCUCAUCGACACCAAGUCGCUCUCCAUCAUCAAGACAUAUCAGACGCAGACACCGUUGAACAGCGCUGCACUCCACCCAACAAGACCCUACGUCAUCCUCGGAGGUGGGCAGGAAGCUAUGAACGUCACUACUACGAGCGCGCGCCAAGGAAAGUUCGAGGCUCGAUUCUGGCACAAGGUCUUUGAAGAGGAGAUCGCGGCACUGCCUGGUCACUUUGGUCCUCUUAACACGAUUGCGAUUUCGCCGAACGGCAAGUGCUACGCCAGCGGUGGUGAGGACGGCUACGUGCGUGUCUACUGGUUCGACCCGUCGUUCUUCACAGCCAAGCUGUACGGACCGGAUCUCGAGCUUGGGGCCGACGACCAAUGAUGUAUUAUUGCUUCAUAGAGGACAUUUCAUCUAGGAAUGCUCUCGCCCAAAAUAUCAGCCCUUUUCU